CAUUGACAUUUUUUUCAGCUUCUACUAGCAGUUUAGCAUAGGAUGAGUUCUGGUCUAUUCUGCACCUAUUUAUCUAAUUAACUAACUAACAAACAUACUUUGGAUUACACAAAUCGGGAAAUAUUCGAUUAGAUUUCUCCAGAUGGAAUAAGAAAAUAAAAAAAGACUAGGCGACCCAGAAUUGCUUAAAGUUUGAAUUUGUAUAAUAUUUAAGACAAAACGUAACAAGAUGGCCGACACUGACGCUGCAACUAACUUUGCCAACACUCCUCUCAUGCAAUGGUUUCAGCUUUUACUAAACAGGGAAACACUCGAAGUCGAAGAUCUAGUCGAUGGAGUCGCUCUCAGUGAAAUUAUGAUACAAAUCGAUCCUCGUCCCAUCAAUGCAAAAGCGGAUAAACAUGCUCGUGGAAACGUUAACCUGAUGAUUCAGAACCUCAACAUUCUAUUGAAACACAUCAAAGCUUUUUAUGAGGACAUACAAGGCCAAGUCAUAGUGAUGUCUCUUCCUAAUAUCUUAACAUUGGCUCAGGAACCAACAACAGAAGCCGGAAUUGCUGAAUUACAGAAAUUAUUGCUACUAAUUGUGGGAUGUGCUAUUCAGUGUGACGACCGAGAACACUACAUUGAAAAGAUGAAGCAACUGACAUAUCAAGGAAUGGAAAUAAUGAUGAACCACAUUAAGGAUAUUACUGAAAACACAGAUAAUGUACUGAAUUUCCAAUGGAUGGAUCAGGAUGAACAACUACCCCCCGCUGAAUUGGAUGAUUUUUUGAGAAAUGUAACUUUUCAUGUCAAGAAGUUGGUCGCUGAGAGAGAUAACUUUGGAAUGAUGAUAACUGGCCUCACCCAAGAAAGAGAUUAUCUUCAGUCUCAGCAAGGAAGUCCAAAUUCAUCUCUUUCUCGGAAAGAGAGUUUUGCUUCACCAGCAACAAAGCAACACCUCUCUGUUGAAUUAGCAGAAGUUAAAGCAAAACUGAGGAAAAUGAAACAAGAAUUAGACGACAAAACAGAGCAAGCCAAUGAUCUGAAAAAUGAACUUGAAGAAAAAGAUAAUUUAUUGAAGAGACUCAAACAAGAGAGUCUCGAACUAGCAAACGAUGCACGAGCAGCGAGAACAUAUCGCGACGAGAAUGAUAUUUUAAAAGAGAAAGCAACGAAAGCGACAAGACUUGAGCACGAAGUUGAAAGAUUGAAAGAGAAAUUGAAAGAUGUCGAUUUCUAUAAACAGAGAGUAGAGGAACUGAGAGAUGAUAACAGGGUUCUUCAUGAAACGAAAGCGAUGCUGGACGAACAACUCGAAACAGCGCAGUCACGGUUGGACGAGUUAGUCGACACCGAGAAAAAGAUUAUUGAUCUCAAGCGCCAGAUAUCGAGUCUCAUGGAGGAAAAAGACAAAGACCACCAACGAAUCCAAGAACUAGUUGAAGAGAACAUGGGAUUAGAAAUGGACAAGAAACAAAGCAUGAAUGAAUCUGGCAACCUUGCUUAUCAACUAGAACAAGCCAAGACCUCUGACGGAAUGCACAAAUCCAUUCAUGAGGAAUCAAAUGAAUCGGCUCAAAAUCGUGUUCUUCGUCUUGAAAAAGAGAAUCGUCAUCUGCAAUCUCUCAUCAAUUCCUACAAAGUUUCAAUGUCAAGUGCUCAGAUUGAGGAAGCUAACAAAGUCGAACUCGAGAAAGAGAACAAGAGACUCGGAAACAAAGUUACACAACUUCAAGAGUUACUGAAUAAGGAAAAGCAUUCUGUUCUUGACUACGAACAAUUAUCUGGAGACAUGAUGGCAGAAAAGAAAAAAUUGGAAACAAUGUUGGAAACCGUCAAAUCAAAUUCCGCCAGGCAGAUUGAAGAACUUCAACAUGAGAAUGAGCAACUGAAUAAAACUGUCGAAACUUUAAGAAAACGAACUAAAAUCAACGCUGAAGGGAAAACGAAAGAUAUUGAAAAAGAAAAUAAGGUUUUGAGUGAGACAGUAAAGGAAGUGACAUCACGAAUCCAUCAAGUAGAAUUUGAGAAAAAGCAACUUCAGAAAUCAUUGGAACAAGCGAAAGAUAAUAUUGAGAGAGCAGAAGAGCUAACAAAAGAAAACACCAAGUUAGAGAAAGACAACAUAUCACUGCAGAAAAGCAUUGCUCAACUGAAGAUUACUUGCCAACAGGUCGAACAAUUGGAACAAAUGAAUUCAGAUUUAGACGUUGAGAACAGGCAACUGAAGAAACAAGUUGACAACCUUAAAAACAUGACAUUGCAAGUCCAAGAUCUUGAAAAAGACAAAGGUCUGUCAGAACAAGAGGCCUCUAAGCUAAGAAGACAGGUGGAGUCACUGAAGAAGACUUGUGAAAAAAUGACGACGCUAGAGCAAGAAAAACUAGACGCUGAAAAAGCAUUGAAAAGGAUGAGAAGAAGCAUGGAAGCAAUGAAACAGUCUAAAGAACAGACUGAAAAAAUGGAGAUCCUUCAAGCGGAACUGGAAAAUGAAUUGGAAAGGGUUCGAAAUCAACUCGAUGUUUCUCAAGUUUCAAAGGAAAAAGAAAUUCAAGAACUAGAGAAGGAAAAUGAAGAGCUACAAGGACGGCUUGAAAAACUUGUAGCUUCGAGCAAAAAACUUGAACAUUAUGAACGAGAAUAUCAAAAAUUGGAAACCGACAGCGUCAAACUCCAGUCUACGAAUAAGAAACUGUCAAAAGAAGCCACAAGAGCUAAAAAGUCAUUGGAGUCCAUGUCAGCGAAAUUUGAAGAAGCGACAGAAGAACUAGAGAGCAUGAAUCGUCAAAAUAAAGCAAUGAUGCGGCAAAUUGAGAAAGGUGAAGAUGGUCAAAAUAGAAUCCGAGAAUUGGAAACCGAAGUUCGGAACUUGAAGAAAAACCAAAGUGUGGAGAAAAAAACUUUGACAACACUUCGAGAAGAUCUCGUAAAUGAGAAAUUGCUCGUCCAGCAAAAACAAAGUGAAAUGGACAGAUUGUCGAGUGAACUGGAACUCAUUGGAUUGAAUAAAGAACAACUAUUGAGUGCAAACAGCCAGUCGGAUGAAAACCGAUUUAAAGCUUUGGAAAGCCGGUUUGAGUCAACGUUCAAGAAAACAGUGGAAGCAAAAGAAGAAAAAAUUAAUUCUCUCGAUGCAAGAUUGCAAGAAUCGGUGAAUAUUAAUAAAAAGUUGAAAGAAGACAUAAAAAAUAUCAAACGAGAUUAUGAAGCUCUUGCUCAGCGUCAUAACGAGGAAGUUGAUUACAGCAAAUCUCGCAAUCGAUCCUCUCGUGAUUAUUCUGCGACCACGGAGUUGCUGAAGAUUAAAGAUCAUUUGAUUGAUGUAGAAAGAAAGAACGCAACAUUGAUAGCCGAGAACUCUUCAAUCCAAACGAUGUCACAAGAACUGAAAGAGCAAGUUACAAAGCUCAGAUCUCAAAACGAAAGCAUGAUCAUAAAACAAACUAAACUUCAGGACGAAACAACAAAUUUGAAGACCCAGUGUGCCAAACUACAGGUUGAAAAUUCGACUUUGCAGUCACAAACGACGUCACUACUCGCGCAAAACACAUCUGUAACAAACCAGCACUCUACAAUCGAGACAGAAAAACAUGAAUUAGUUCGGCAACUAGAGGAUGCUAAACACGAACGUGACAAUAUGGAGAAAGACCAUGACGAUCUAAUGCAACUUCACGAAAACCAAACGAUAGAAGUUGAAGGUUUAAUGCAAGAACAUCAGAAACUGAAGUCACAACAUAAAAAGAUUAAAGUCGAGUUCAAAGACCUGGAAAACAAAUAUAACUCAUUGGUCCGCACGAAAGAUGAAGUUGAGCGUUUGAAACGACGACUCGAAUCUGAAGUCGAGAGAAAAAAUACUGAAGGACAAAUGGUGGAAGGAAAUUUAGAUGUAAUGAAGGAAGCUCAUGAAAAACUGAAUAAUUCAUACAAAAAACUGAGCAUUGAUUAUGAAGAACUUCAGGACAAGAACAGAAGUGAGAAGACGUCGCACAAUGCUUUGAAGUUGGAGUUUGCAAAACUAGAAGCUGAACUGGAGAGCAUGAGGGACCAAAACCAGGAGUUAGACUUCAAAACAUCAAAACUCUCAAAUCGUUGCGACGUUCUCAUGCAACUUAAGGAAAACCUAGAGGACGAGAACAGACAUCUUCUCGAGCAGAUAAACAGACUCAUGUCUCAAAAUGAGGAACUUCUCUCGCAAACUCUCGAAAGCAAAGAUCAGAUUUAUACUGAGCAGAAACAUUACACUGAAAGAAUGCAAGAAAUUCGUCGACAGAAAGAAAAACUUGAAGAAAAGAUUAUGGAUUUGUACAGAACACCUGGGCCUUCACCACCUAAGAGAAGAGGCUUUGGUGCAACUUUGAAAAAGACAUUCCAGAAUCUUGGCGGAAAAGACAAAGAUAACAGACGUAGAAGAGACGGUCUUCCACCGACAUCUGCGAAUUCCUCGCGGCAUGCUGCCUCUCCAAGGAACCCAGAUUCUUCUCUCCUAAGCCAGGGGUCAUUGGGGUCAAAGGACCAUUCGACACCGAAAUCAGCGGACCGUGACAACGAAUCUUUGGGCUCGAAUUCGAGCGAAAAUCACCGAAAACAGUCAGCUGCUCCAUCAUACAGAAGGGUUCGAAAAAACAUGAAAUUGUUUAACCAGCUUCGACGUCUUUACCCGGUACAUAAACGAGGAUCCUAUUCACUUGACCCGUUGGCGAACGACACGUCUCGAAGCAGUAAGGAUGUUAAUCGUCGCUCUCGUCUUGGUGGUGGUAUGGCGUACUCGACUACUGCUCUCAAUGCACUCUCUACUACCAACGGUGGAGCGGGAGACGCACAAACAGAUUCCAAUUAUCUGAAAAAUUACCAAUCAAUUGAAGACAUGAGAGGAGGAAUUAUGGCAUCACAAUCGUCUUUGGAUCACGAAUCAGUCGACUCAAUGGGAAGCGAAGGAAUGGACUACAAUAUGUUACCAAACGGUUUCCAAAAUGGAGACGUAUCGAAUACUUUGUGCCGGGUGCCGUGCCUGGCUUGUGCUUCAUCACAGCAAUUAAAGAAAACAAUCUCACAGCAAGACAGUGCAUCAAGUCUAAGUGGAUCUUUGCAGAAAGGUCGAAACAGCAGUGCCAGUAGCGAGGAGCAUCAUCCUAACGCUCCCAAAACCCCAACUGCAGAUAAAAUAUCUCUGCAGCAAUUCCUUGACGAGACUAAAACAAAGAACGCGGCCGGUGAUAAAAGGGCUCCAAAACUACCUACGACCCCUCCUGUCACAAAGCCCCCUAUUACCCUUCCCAUGACUUCAAUGGAGCAAAAAUCACCCAAAAGGUCCCCUAGUUACACGGAGUACAAGUCUACACUGUCUCGAUCAACCCCUUUAAAAUCCAACCGACCAGAAGGAGGGGAUUCCCCGUCUAACCCACCCGCUUCCCCAACUAAACGGAAACCCCCUCGCUUAGAUUUAAGUUCGCUUCAAAUUACUCCCCCCGAAUCUGGUCGCAAAAGUGGGGGUAACACUGGCAGCCCCACUUCUAGGACUCCUGGUAAAGUUGAAGAAAACCCCACCCUUACCCCCCAAGAAAAAGAAACUUUGAUUUUUGUCGUUCGAUCUCCGACUGAUUCCGGAAAAGUGCAAGUUAAGCAACAGCAAGGAAUCUCGCCCAACCAUGACCAAGGAACAUACAGAUCAAACGUGACCUUACGACCCCGUACAAAUCCGCAAGCGCGACCAACCAGCAUGAUUGAGAAACCUACUGGAAGCGUGACCCCAUAUUCACAUUUGACCCCACAUACUGCGUCAAUGAGGUCAAGUCGAGACUCUCCAGUAACUGCGAAUCGUUCAGGGUCAGUGAUUGAACGUUUGGACAGUUUAGUAUCGAGCCCACGGGGCAGUUCUACCCCCACCUCACACAAUAAUACAAACCAGUCAAAUGGGGUCUCCGUGUCUCCUAGAAGGGCCCAAACCCCUACUUCUGGGAAUCGACCAUCUCAACAUGCGAAUUAUACCAGUAUGUCACUUCCACGACCACGACGUAGUAGACCACAUGGUGGCGCUCUAACAUCCACUCCAACCUCCUCACGUCAAGUUGACAUCGCAUUGGUUAACCCUCUUCAAGGCUCCCCAGGAAACCCCAAACGAAGAGAUGUGCCACCAGAUGUCGUCCCGAGCCCCAUUCGUCGUGACGUACCCCCAGAUACUAAUUCCCUCAGAAGGCCCUCAAAAAACCCUGAACCCUCACCUCUUUCCACUCCCACUGGAGCUAGGAGACCCCCGACUCCAACUAAACCUAAGCAAGAAGAAACUUCCAAUGACUCUGAUAAAAGCACACUAUGGUUUGAGUAUGGAUGUGUAUAGUACUUUUCCUGGGAAUAUUCCAUCUUUUGCUUUGCAACAAUUUUAGAUAUUUUUCAAACUUCCAUUAUUAAUGCGAGAUCUAAACAUACACUUCUUAAAAUAUCUUAUGAUUUAGCUGUCUCUUUUCACGGGUGGUAUAUAUGUAUGUUUGGAUUCUUUUCGAAAAUAAAAUUAAAAAAACCAAACUUUUCAUUCAACAAAAUGGGCCAUGUGAUGUGACACCCCACAGCUUCCCUCACUACAAUUAUAAGAAAGUUAUCUGAAAUACCUCCAAAUUAUUCACUCAUCUGAUACAAGUACCACACUUUGCACUUCGGGGUAGAUAGUAUAGAGUAGUUAUUAAUUUAAAACAUAUAUUCUACCGUUUAUGGUGAUUCCAGAAUGUUCCUAUUUUGUCGCUUACGCCAUAUGAAAUUUUUGGUUCAAGCAUUUUUUACUAGAAAUGUGACUUUUUUGUUAAGUUUUGCACACAAAAACGUCUUCAGGUUUACUAUAAUUUUGUUACAAUUUUUGAUACAUGAAAAUAACGUUUUCUAGAUCAACUAAUUAUUUUCUUCCAAUGAAUUUAGUUAUUUUAAUAAUAUUUAGAAUAUUGAGGAACGAUUUUAGGCAAAAAUAUGAUCAUUUCAAAAUUCAAUUUCUGUGGAUUACCCUUUUGCACCCGUUCAUCCUAAUAUUUCAAAAUAAUAUAAAAACCUACUUUUAUUGGACGUUUUAUAAAAUUAUUUUUUGGUAAUAUUAAAAGUAAUAACCUUUUCUGAGCAAAUAUGAAAAUGUCAAUUGUGAUUGCAAAUACUCUAUUUAAGUUUUUUUGGACACCCCCUCCCCCCACCGUAUGAAAAAUAAAAAAAAGGCAUUCAAUCGGUUCUUAUAUCAAAAUUUUGUCAAAAGCACAAAACAACGUCUUCACUACUAUUAAACCAUGAAUUUUGCAGCCAAAAUAUACUUUUUCUAUUAUUUGUUGUUACUUAGUUUAUACUGUGCCUAAAUAUAUGUACUGUACUAUUAUUAAGUUGCUUUUGGGGGAUUACCCCUCCUUGUGUCGUAUAUUUUUUAUGUUUGUAUCUAACAACGCUUUUGCUAAAUUUGGGCAAGUUUUCCAAAAAAUGCAACUUUUCCGGAUAAUGAAUUUUUGGAAUGCUUAUUAGCACAGGUGUUAUGACGUCAUCAAGUAUUGACGUCAUGAUUAAUCGUACUUUUGGAUAAAAUAAAUAUUAUUCUCCUUCCAUGAAUUAUUGUACAUAUACUUUUUUGCUCUUUUUGUAUUUUUACUUGUAGUUGCGGCCGACUAUUAUAAUUUUAUUGUGUUAAAUAAACAGCGAAAUAUUUUGUA